GCACAAGUGAAAGGCAGCAACGAAGCAGUUGUUUCCUCGCCAGGCCGUAACUGCCUACAGGUAGGAGGUACUAAGCAACUAAGGUAUUCGGCGCCACAGGGGAAAAGAACGACGCUGUUUAGUUGUGGAUGAGCGCUGUACCUCGAGUUCUGUAGGCGACCAAGAUACAUAGACAUACACCGUAUCAAGGCGCUGCGCGAAGUACUCAGCGUCCAACCAAUUCGAGCAGGUACCUCUAAAGAUCGCCAGCCACACUUGUCGCCCGCCACCUCUUACGACAAUACGGGCCAAGAAUACGGAGUACAGGCUGCUUAUAAUAGGCUGGAGGCGUCUCCUCCGUACAUGGGCUCAAAUCGGUACCUAACCAUUUUCUCCCUGGACCCUCAACUGCGUAAAGAUGGAGCAUCACUUUUCAUGGGACGGUGGCCAGCGAUUGGCUUCAAUGCGGCUGCCUUGAAUUUGGGUAUCCAACAAAAUAGAUACCCAGUUGAUGAUAACAUACCUGGCAGAUGCCUGGAGGCCUCGCCUGAAACCUUAAUGCACAUGGAUACUAUAUCAUGUCAAUCGAAACCGCAAACAACAGAGCAAGCUCGAAGGAAGAGAAUAGCCCACCUCAGCUGCUACCUUUGUGCGAGCGCACAGUCUCCAGCAGACCGUGGGAGUGAAGAGCCGUGCCAGCAAGCGUCUAAGUCGGCUCGGCACUUGGGCAUCAGUUCGGGGCCCUGCAGAACCCUUACCCACAUGGCAUCUCAAAGCAAACAGAGACGACACCGAAACCCUUGCUCGACGGCUGUAUCACCCGCCUCGGGGGUAUCCGCCGACGGCUGCCUGUAUCUACUACUUCUGGUAGUAUGGCCAUGUCAUAAAUGACUAGAUUAGUUGGGUGACCCUGUGUGUUUGCAUCGGAGCAUUGCCGCAGAGCCC